CUGCCUGCCCUGUGUGUGUGUGUGUGUGGCUGUGUCAGCUGGAGCCUACGUGCGAACUUGCUCGGGCAGUGAUGUAAAGCGGCACGUAGUCGGCGGGGCCCGCGUAUCGGACUCCCGUGAUCAAAAUAUAGUCCCGGGGGAGGCUGAGUGGGGGUUUUGUUACACUCCUGAUUUUAUCGCUCCUGUGCGGAUACGCAGCUGUAAUUUGCAGGCAUGACGUUAGCCGGAGAGCAAAAGGACUUAACGGGGAAAAAAGGGGACGUGUUCUCGUUUGACAUGAUUAAUCUGAGGCUCAACUUCCCUGCAGCGGGAUUAGGACCGUCCGGGCUUAGCAGGAGGACAUGGGUAAAACUUUGCACAUUCUCCAGAAAUCCGCAGAACGUGUGCCGACUGCAAUCUCGCUGGAUGUGAGUUUAAAUAUGGACGAAGCGGAAGAUUUCACGGAGCAGCCGAUCGUUGGGCUUUCGGACAAAAUACCUCUAGUGAAACCCUAUUUCAGGAAGAAACAGAGGAAAUUGGACCACAAAUGCCUCCAACGCUCCCUGGAUCCGAUACUGACUAGUUUAUUGAGCACGGAUACUCUGGUGUCCGGGGAUGGGGUGUUUGUUCCCCGCAGCCAGCCGGGCAGAACUCCGGGCACCCUGUGCGCGGCGGCGGUGGUGAAGCAGAGCUGCGUGGGGCAGGUGUGUCUCAAAGACCCGGGAGCCGCCGAGAAUGCAGCGGCUGCGACCGGAGUCCAGGGGUUGAUGAGCCGGGACGUCGACGUGGAGAUAGCCGAUACUACUGCGGAGCUAGAGGAAACGGAGCGACCCCAGCUGAAAGCUGGCCUCCGAGCUGCUGAGAGCACGGAGACAAUCCCACCCUCAGAGAGGGAUAUACCUCCCAUAGUCACACCCCAGGUUCCUCACCAGGAGGGGAGCAUCAUCAAAAGCAAAGACCUCCUAACCUCUGGCGCUAAAAGUGUUUCAGUGAAAGACUCCUCUGCAAUCCAGGAUCCCCGCUCCCAGCUCCUGCAGCCAGACAAAGGGGUGCUGUUCCAGAAUAAAAGCGAAGAGGCCUCCCUGGAUCUAGUGUUUGAGCUACUCACUCAGCUCCAGUAUCACACGCACCAGUCGGACUCUGUAGACAUUUGUGUGGAUUUCCUCCAGGGACGGUGUGUUUUUGGGAACGACUGUGCCCACCACCACACCGUGCUGCCCUACCACUGGCAGAUCCGCAGGAGCAACACUCAGACAUGGCAGAGCAUAGCAGACGAUUCCCAGGAGCAGCUGGAGAGACUGUACUGCAACCCAGACCAGGAACAAGUCCGACUCAAGUACCAGGGCCGGGUGUUUCUGCUGGAGUUUGCGACGAUGCGAGUGUGUGACCUGGAGUUCGACUGCGUCCGCCGGCUGACCACUCCCCCCUGCCCUCUUCCCGUUCCUGCAGCGAACCCUAACUCCACCCCGAGCUGUCACACAGUGUGGAAGUACUACUGCAGGGACAACAUUGGUUGGAGGGAAUACUCUGAGCCGGUGGUGAAGCUCAUCGAAGAGGCAAGUUCGAGGGGCCUUAAGGAGGUCCGAUUCAUCACGCUACAGAACCAGUAUAUUCUCAACAUCAAGGAGGGCUUCCAGCAGAAUGCCGUCUUCGGCUUCAGACGGCAGAUCAAGAAGCGACCCAUGUUCAUGUCGUCUGUGAUCCUCACGCCACACCUCCAGACUUUGGGUGGUCUCUCUCUACCCGCUCUCCCCUCCACGUCCGCACCUGCACCGACCCCGAUGGACGUCUCCUCGCCGCAUCCCCUCUCGCCGACAUCGACCAACCCUCCUAGCCUUUUUCCAGAGACAUGGCUGCCCAUGCCGAUGAGCCAGGACUUCCUGCGGGUGCCCGUGUCGCGUGAAGACCGCAGCUACAGGACGGUGUACAGCCUGUUUCACAAGACAGUAUCAGAAACCAAGUUCAGGAUCAUCAAGAUCCAGCGCGUCCAGAACCCCUUCCUCUGGGAGAAGUAUAAGAGGAAGAAGGAGUACAUGUCACGCCGCAUGUCCGAGAUGGACCGGCUGCUGAGCGAGCGCCACCUCUUCCACGGCACCUCGGCCGACGUUGUGGACGGCAUCUGCAAGCACAACUUCGACCCGCGCGUCUGCGGCAAACACGCCACCAUGUUCGGCCAGGGCUCCUACUUCGCUCGCAGGGCCUUCUACUCCCACAACUUCUCCAAGCGCUCGCCCAAGGGAGUCCACUGCAUGUUCUUGGCCAAGGUCCUCACUGGCAGGUUCACCGUAGGAAACUCCUCCAUGCGCAGGCCUCCGCCCAUCAACCCUCGGGACUCCUCCAGUGACCUUUAUGACUCCUGUGUGGACAACUGGGUGGACCCCCAGAUUUAUGUCAUUUUUAACGACGACCAGAGCUACCCUUACUUUAUUAUUCACUACGAGGAGGUACCCAAUACAGUCGCCGUAUAAGUCCUGCAUCAGAACUUUUGGCGUCUGUGCUUGCAAAUGCUUGUGAGUGGCGGUCUGCACGCGCCCCGUUAAGGUAACAGAUGGACUGGGGUUUUUAUGAAGUUUCAAAAAGGACCAACUAAAACCAAAUGAUCCAACCAACUCUUUUGGAGUACUGCGGUCCAGCGCUGCCCAUCUGGUACUUUAAACAGGUGAAAGCAGACUAGGAGAUGCUUGCAGAUGUUCGGCGAUUCACGUCUCUCAACUGGACUGCAUUAGGCCAGAUUAAACUGGACUAAACUGGAUAAGCAAAGGACAGCUUCUUUUGGUGUUCAGACUUGAGUGGACUUACCACGCCUAAUGAAUCAGGAUCCCAUGGAUGUUCAUCACUGAGCCAAAGCAGAUUUGAUUUGUUUUCUUGCUUUGGAGCAAAAAAAGGAAAAAAAAAAAAA